UACCAACUUCGCCGACACCGGCCCACGUGACUCAGGUCCUCCUCAUUUAAAAAAAAAAAAAGAAAAAAAAGAAGCUGCUACCCCGCAAUUCCCUCCAGAGCUUCAAAGAGGUGGUAAAUGUUCCCCAAUGUGCCAGAUGAUCGACUUUAGCACCGCAUCCGUCGGGGGGACAACUGUUGCUGCAGAGUGCGCCGCCACUAAAGGGGGACUUUGCUGAUGUUGCGCUGGACCGACCUGAAGAAGUUGACGCGUGCAUCCCCCCACCCCCACCCCCCCUCCACCAAAAAAAGAAGAAAAGUAGCCUGCCGUCCGUCUUUGGUCCGCUUUUCCAAGGAUGGAACUGGACCGCGGGAGCGCGUUUCGCGUCUCCGUCUUACUGGCCUGUGUGAUCAUCUGCACUAAUGUGCAAUGUCCCGCCGGUGCCUAUCUCUACAACAACCGCUACGCCGGAGAUCAAAUCUUCAGGAUUACCCCGAGUAGUGAUGAGGAGGUCCAAGUGCUCCAGAAAAUUCUGGGACACAUGAAGGUGGACUUCUGGCAGCCCAACAGCGUAACGUUAAUCUGUCAAAAUGCAACUGUGGAUGUGCAUGUUAAACGCAAUGACACGCGGGACUUACACGCACGAUUAAAGCAGCAACACCUGGAGUAUGGGGUGUUCAUCUCCAAUCUGCAGGAGGAAAUUGAAAAGCAGACGGGACGCCGCUCCCCCCGCAAGCGGAGGUCAGAGUCUCAGUAUGACUACGAGGUUUACCACUCUCUGGAAGAGAUCCAAGGCUGGAUGUCUGAGAUGAACCGAACCAACUCUCACCUGGUGGACAUGUUCUCCAUCGGGAAGUCGUACGAGGGGCGGCCCCUUUACGUGCUUCAGAUAGGGAAGAGAAGUCGUCAUCAGAAGAAAGCCGUGUGGAUCGACUGCGGCGUCCACGCCCGAGAGUGGAUCGGGCCGGCUUUUUGCCAGUGGUUUGUCAAGGAGGCCAUCAACUCAUACCAGCAUGACUCUGUGAUGAGGCGACUGCUUAACCAGCUCAACUUCUACAUCAUGCCUGUGUUCAAUGUGGAUGGAUAUCAUUUCAGCUGGACCACGGAUCGGUUCUGGAGGAAAACGAGGUCCAAAAAUCACCGGUUCCACUGCCGAGGAGUGGACGCCAACAGGAACUGGAAGGUCAAAUGGUGUGAGGAGGGGGCCUCGUCCCAUCCCUGUGACGACACCUACUGCGGGCCCUACCCCGAGUCGGAACCCGAGGUCAAGGCCGUCGCCAAGUUCUUACGCAAGCACAAGAAACGCGUCAAAUCCUACAUAUCCAUCCACGCUUACGCCCAAAUGCUGCUUUACCCUUACUCCUACAAGUACGCCGCCAUCCCCAACUUCAACUGCGUGGAGUCGGCCGCUCAGAGCGCAGUGACAGCCCUGUACUCGGCCUACGGAGUGAGGUACAGAUACGGACCGGCCUCCACCACCUUGUAUGUUAGCUCAGGCAGCUCUAUCGACUGGGCUUACAGAAACGGGAUCCCUUAUGCGUUUGCGUUUGAGUUGAGAGAUACGGGCCACUUCGGCUUCCUUCUGCCCGAGUCCCUGAUCAACCCAACCUGCACCGAGACCCUGAGGGCGGUGAAGGCCAUCGCGUCAGGUCUACUGAAGAGGUGCGAAACAGACAGGGACAGAUUUCCAUACAUAUGAGUAGCUCCGCCGGAGCUCCACCUCCACAGUGGAACCUGAGAUUUCAUAUACCUCCCAGAUGUUAUCAGGUGAAGAGCUCAGAAGGACAAGCGAAGCAUGAAUUUGAAUGAGCUAUUCUUGUGUUGGAGGUUGUCUGCCUUAUUUUCCUUUUCUGAUGAGAUAUGAGCGGAUGGCGACAGGAUUGUUUUGUUGUUUUAUCACCAGUUCAUCUGUAAAUGUACAGUGCAAAUUCAACGUGCUGAGCUUGAAUCGUGUCCAGCAUCAAAACCUGUCCUCUCUGCCACCAAAAUAUCAACUUGGACUUUUCCAUAACAUACAUAAGCUGCACGGUGGUCUUGUGAGCGCUCGUCACAAUGCAGCAUGUUUUCUAAGAUUCUUCCAAAAAUAUGUAAUAUCAUUCAAAGUGACCCGCUUCCAAUGACCCCAUUGUUAUUCUGGUUGUGUUUUAUUUUGAAAUGACUCCCACUAAGUGCCAGUACCGUAAUGUUAAUGUGUUAAUGCCUAUAUUACUGCAACAUUGUCGGUGUACAUAAAUUAAAUGCUAUCACCUGACAAUCUUAGGUUUGGUUUAAUAUCAAAUAUCAUUUUUGGAAUGUUUUACUAGUUUUGGGUUCAGGUUGAAAUUUGGAUUGAGUGACUUUCCUCUCUGGUGGCUUACUGUGACUCAGUUACUCAGGUAUGGAUCAAAGACAAAGUCAGACAGGUUCGACAGCUAAUGUGCUUGAUGUGAGCUUCUAAUAAACGGAUGCAGUCUGACUUAAUAAACCUUGUUGUAUAAUAGUAAAUGUUUACUGUUUUCUCUUGAAUUUUAAU